CAAACUACAAUUACUCUACCACUACUCCCUCAACUCCUCUCUCUUUCACACAGUUCCAGCAAAUGAAAGGUUGAAAAUUUGGCGUCUUUGUCUUCUUGCUUUCCCUGACUAAAAGUUCCAAACUCCAAUUUUUUAUUAUCAAGAACUCAGAAAUCUUCAGAUGUAAAGAAGAUGAACGAGAACCCAAACCCGAAACCCAAGAAUCCACUCACCCACUUCGAUUUCUUGAAGAAAUUCAAGCGGUUCAAGUCUCUGGACGCCUCCUCUUCGGGUGUUCUUGCCUGUUUCAUCGUAACCCUCUGCUUCCUCUGCUCUCUCUUCUUGCUAGACUACAGAACCGUCACCGGCGGGAUCCGGUUUCGCGGGCCCACCUGGCCGCUCGCCGCCGUUAAUGGAUCUUCAUUGCUCUCUGGCGACGUGGAUCGGAAACCGGUGGGGUUUCUUGAAGAAGGCGGGGAUGGGUGUGAUAUCUUUGAGGGGAGUUGGGUUUGGGAUGAGAGCUACCCAUUGUACCAGUCCCAAGACUGCUUGUUCUUGGAUGUUGGGUUUCGCUGUACUGAGAAUGGAAGGCCUGAUUCUUUCUACACCAAAUGGCGCUGGCAACCUAAAGAUUGCAACUUGCCCAGAUUUGAUGCAAAAACCAUGUUGGAAAAGCUGAGAAACAGAAGGGUUGCAUUUGUUGGGGACUCAAUUGGAAGAAACCAGUGGGAGUCUCUUCUUUGCAUGCUCUCAUCUGCAGUUGCCAACAAAAGUUCAAUAUACGAAGUCAACAGAGCUCCGAUCACCAAACAUUCCGGUUCCCUGAUUUUCAAGUUCGAGGAUUUCAACUGCACCGUUGAAUAUUACAGAGCUCCCUUUCUGGUGUUGCAAAGCCGCGCGCCUGCAGGCUCUCCGAGAGGGGUAAAAAUGACUUUGAAGCUGGAUCAAAUGGAUUGGAGCUCUGGUAAGUGGAAAGGUGCAGACUUGCUUGUCUUCAACACUGGUCAUUGGUGGAAUCAUGAGAAGACUACUAGAGGAGGAACCUAUUUUCAAGAAGGUAAAGAGAUAAAGAUGAAUAUGAGUGUAGAAGAGGCGCUUCAUAGAUCAAUUGUGACGUUGGUUGACUGGUUAGGACGCGAAGUAAAUACGUCAAAGACUCGUGUCUUCUUCCGCAGCUACGCGCCUGUUCAUUUCAGAGGCGGGGACUGGAAAACUGGCGGGAGCUGCCACCGGGAGACUCUCCCGGACCUCGGAUCCUCUCAAAUGUUGGGGUCCACGGAAUUCGACGCGGUGAUCAACGUUCUCUCGCGGCGACAGCAUAAUGUGGAGCUAUUGAACGUGACAAUGAUGACGUGGCAGAGGAAAGACGCGCACUUGUCUUUGUAUUAUUUGGGCCCCACCGGACUGGCGCCUCUCCACCGCCAGGACUGCAGCCACUGGUGCCUCCCCGGUGUCCCGGAUUCUUGGAACCAGCUUCUCUAUGCCAUCUUUCUGAAGCGGGACCGCCUCAACCGUUCCCGGGUUUCUGUCCCCUUCUAGCAUGAUUGGUGGGUCCUGUCUAAUGCAUAGACGGAAAACAUUAAUCCGUCUAAUGCCAUAGACAGGAAAACAUUGAUUUGUCAAAUGAACCGAAAAAAAAAGGUUCAUUUGACAACAUAAUUUAGGCCCCGUUUGGUACACGGAAUUCAAACUAUGGAAUUGGAAUUGAGGACUUCAAUUCCAAUUUUGGUGUUUGGUAGCACAAAAAUUAUGUGGAUUUAGAAUUGAUAGUGCAAAAAAUGAAUUGGAAUUGA